AUGAUGCUAUCAUCAAUAAACAAUUCCUUCGAGCAGGAUACGCAUGACGUCGAUGGGAACUGUGAUGGGCCGGAUUUGGAUUUUGUAUACGCUGAUGUAGAUACGUAUCAGAACGAGAUUGCAGAACUCUAUAGCUAUACGGAAUUCAAUGAACUCCAACAAAAUGUAAAAGCGUUUGAAGAUCAAAUGGAAAUGUAUGACUUGCCACCAAACUGGCAAAAACAGAAUGCUUCAUCUCAACGCAGUAUUAUAAUGAAACUAAUCGAUCAGCUCGAGGUUUCCAGUCGCUCAUUUCGAAUGCAGGCUGCACGUUGCAUUCUGUAUUUGGCGCAAGGUUGUUGGGCUGAAGUGCAGUCUGAUGAAGAGCAACAUCAGAUUACGCGCGACAAUGUUAUAGUGCUGUAUGAGUUGGGCGUGUUCUCUUCCUUUAUUGAUUUAUUAAAUAUGGAAAUAGAGAGCGCUUGCUCACCCGAUAUUGUAGCUGUGAAGAUAACCAACGUUACUUUGGUAGAUUCGACAGACUUGCGCGUGAUACUUUCGGUGUUGUAUAUAAUAACGGAAACGAUUCGAGAUGAAAAAGAGAAAGAAAGCGAAGAUUACAAAAAAAUUGCUGAAGCAUUUGUGCAGGAAAUAAAUACUCCUCUGCCUGACGGCGAACUGCUUGCGGUCAAACUUUUGGGUAUGAUUACACGUUUUUGUAGUGGUGCCGCACCUCAUUUUCCAAUGAAAAAAGUCGUACUCUUGUUAUGGAAAAUUACAUUGCUGGGACUAGGCGGCAUGGAAACGCUUAAAAAUUUAAAAAAUGAAUAUCGUAUCAAAGCUGGCCUUGAACCAGUCACUGAAGAUACGCUGGAGGUAACAAAGAAUAUGCGUGCUAGCUCACCACCAGCUACCGCAACUGAUAUUUUGGAUAAUCAAAAUCCAAAACGGAACGCGUUUAGACGAUCGCUGAUGAAGCAACGUUUUCUCGAUGAGCAAGAACAAAUGGACAUGGAGCUUACUCCUGGAAAUGAAAGUGCCCCUUCAGGCAAUAAUGGCGGCAAUGGCAAUCAAGAAGAAGAUAUUUCGCAGUUCUACCGUCAGUUUGAGGACCCUUCUGCCACCACCGCUAACCCUAAUAAUCAGCCAAGCUUCUCACAGCCACCACCUGUACUACCAGUGCAAGUUACAACUCGUUUGCCGUGGGCACCCAAAGUCCGUCAAAAGGACAUUGAUCAAUUCUUGGAUAUAUCGCGAAACAAAUUUAUCGGUUACUCACUGAUCGAUGAUCAUGAAAGUCUGGCUGGACUGCCGCAACCCAUACAUGAGGGCGUUCAGACUUUGCGACGCCAUAUGUACGUUAGUUUAGCCGAUGUGCAAAUAAAGAAGGAGGAAGAAAUUGCACGAAAUCCAAUAUCUACACAAGAGGAUGAAAUAGCCAUGAAUCCCGCCGAAGUACUUUAUCAGGCAAUUUUGCCUAAUCUGCCACAGUACAUGAUUGCACUUUUGAAAGUUUUAUUAGCAGCAUCGCCCACGUCAAAAUCCAAAACGGAAAGCAUUAACAUAAUGGCUGAUGUUCUACCCAAGAAAAUGCCAAUAACAGAUUCCCAAAAGCUGACUGUCGACAUGAGUCGGCAUAAGGAAAUCAUUGUCAAAGCGGUAUCAGCAAUUAUUCUGCUGUAUUUGAAACAUUUCAAAAUUAACCACAUAUAUCAAUUCGAAUUUAUGUCCCAGCAUCUUGUCUUCGCCAAUUGUAUACCAUUAGUGCUGAAGUUCUUCAAUCAAACUAUCACCGAGUAUGUAGGGAUGAAAAAUACCAUACCGCUUUUAGACUUUCCCUCCUGUGUUAUUGGCGAGCAGCCAGACCUUUCGGGGGAAAGUUUUGUUUACAGCGGCGAAGUCUCUGAUAAGCCUUACUAUUCAUGGCGUAACGUCUUCUCUUGUAUCAACCUGCUGCGUAUUCUUAAUAAGUUGAUCAAAUGGAAGCAUUCGCGCGUGAUGAUGUUAGUUGUAUUCAAGUCGGCACCCAUACUCAAGAAAACACUGAAAGUUCGUCAUGCCAUGAUGCAAUUAUAUGUCUUGAAGCUGCUCAAAAUGCAGACAAAAUAUUUGGGACGUCAGUGGCGAAAAUCGAAUAUGAAGACAAUGAGUGCUAUUUAUGCAAAAGUACGGCAUCGUCUUAACGAUGAUUGGGCGUUUGGCAACGAUUUAGAGUCGCGUCCAUGGGAUUUUCAAGCGGAAGAAUGUACACUACGUGCCUGUGUAGACCGCUUUAAUUUGCGUCGCUACCCAGAAGCUACACAAAAAUGUGGUGCAGGUGGCAAUAAUGGGAAUUCCGGCAACUCGGAUAACUCAUCCGGUAAUAUAGGAAGUGGCGCUGGGGGUGGCAGUAAUAUGGUAGGCGGCACUGACGCCAAUGGUUUUGGCGGAGGCGGUACUGGCGGUGGCGGCAAUGGGCAUUCACAGUUAAAUGAUUAUGGUGUAGAAGGUGGAUUUCCAAGCGAUGAAAUACUAUCGCACUCAGAUUUUGCAUUCUUCGGACACUCGGGUUGGUGGGAUCGCAAGGUGGAAUUAACCGAUUAUUUCAAAGAAAACUACUCGAUAUGGCUGGAGGAAGAAGUUUACAACAACCAAAUUGACUGGGAUGCGCUAUAGGCGACAAGCAGUAGAAAUUGAAAUAAUUAACAAAUUCAUAAAGCUAAACCAGAAAUAGCAUUAAUUUAAAACACCAGAAUGUGUGUACUACAUACGUACGUGCGCGCAAAAAUCAAACAUUUUCAAAAAAAUAUAUAUAUAUACUUAAGCAGAAUAAUCGCAUGAAGUUUGUUACAUAAAGAACAAAUUUAAGAAUCGCAGAAAUACUGUAUCAAAAGCAAAAUACAAUUAUAAGGAUACGCCUAUUUGAAAACUCAUACAAAUAGAAGCAAUUACAGCUCGUCGUAUUGGCGACAUCAUCUAUCGCCGUUUUAUAUUUGCUUUUGGCACUCGGAUUCGGCGGCACUGUAUUGAAGUUUACGAAUGCUAUGCGCGCAAAGCUCGCAUAUAAAACUAAAUCAUUGAUUAUACACAUACACUUACAUACAAAUAAACAAUAAUUAUAGCAACAUAUAUUAGAACUAGCGAACCUUAAAAAAAAUUGUUUUAAGUUGUAGGCGCUCCACUCUACAUAAUGUAAAUUGAAAGCACUUCAUAUAGUAGUUUCUAAAUAUAUGUAUGUAACUUUGUAAUGUCAUAACUUGAAAUCGGAUACCACAAUAGUAGGAUGUUUACUUUAUACAAUGCAUGAAAGAUAGCAAAACUUAAAAAAGUUUAUGAGGAAAUUUAAACAAAAAUCUUUGAAAAAAACACUGAAGACUUGCGCAAGGCAUUCACUGUAGCAAACCAGUAAAGCUAAUAAUAAAUAACAUGAUUAUUAAACAGA